UCGAGCUCGCCGGACCGACGAUGUCGACGGAAAGUACACAACCCCAUACGCCGAGUCACGAGGUGGCGGUGCGUCCGCCUCCCUCGGCGGCGAAUCAAUGGAAACGGGCCGCACUGAUGGCCCGGAUGGCACCGGCAUUCCGGGAAACCGUAUCCGAUGACAGCGAGGACGAGGUGGACACCAAAAAGCAGAUCAAAUACGGCAGCGGCUUCCAGGCGGCCAAGGCCAUCAUCCACGAGUACUGCGACUAUACGACCAUCCACGGCAUCAGGUAUCUGGGGGAGAAGAAGCGGCCCUGGCUGGAGCGGCUCUUCUGGAUCUGUGUGCUCGUCCUAUCGGUUUUUACCUGCGUCAAGUUGACCCUCAACAUCUGGGACAAGUGGAACAACAAUCCGGUGAUUGUCAGCUUCGCCGAGAAGUCCACUCCCGUGUGGGAGAUUCCCUUUCCCGCCGUCACUGUUUGUCCGGAGACGAAAACCCGCCGGGCGAUAUUUAACUUCACGGGCUCGAAUCAUCAACUGCGGGAUUUUAGGAGCAAUAUCACUGGCAUACCGGAUUUGACCGAAAAGACAAAAGGUUUAUAUGGCGCAGUGGCGCAGGUUUGCGAGCCCCACUUGCACGAUGUAAUUUUGGGAAAAAAGACCAGGAGGGGCAUGGAAAUAAUAGAUGCACUCACCGAAGUAUCUCCGCUUUUCGAUGACACCUAUCUCAACUGCAAGUGGCGGAACUCGCCUGUCAAAUGCAGUGAUAUAUUCCACAAAUUUGUGACCGAGGAUGGAGUUUGCUACAGUUUCAAUUCGCUGAGUCCUGCGGAGAUCUUCAAAGCUGAAGGCAUUAUUCCCGACUUUAUAUUCCGCGAGGAGAAUCGUCUGUCCAUGGAUUGGAAUGUGGAGGAUGGUUAUAGCGCUAGUGCGGACACUUCACCUUAUCCCAAUAGAGUUUUGGGUCCGGGAGCUCGAGCUGGUCUGUAUCUCUUUAUGGGUGGAGUUGAAAUGGAUUUCGAUGACUUGUGCCGUGGUCCAGUUCAGGGUUUUAAGAUUUUAUUACAUACUCCUGGAGAUGUGGCCCAAGUGUCCAAGCAAUACUUCCGCAUACCCUACGAUCAAGAAGUACUCAUUUCCAUUCGUCCCAAAAUCAUUACCACUUCGGAUGGCCUAAAGCACUACGAACCCAAUCGUCGGCAGUGUUAUUUCCAGAAAGAAAGAGAACUGCGUUACUUUAACAUCUACUCCCAAAGUAAUUGCGAACUGGAGUGCCUGGCUAAUUUCACUUUAACAAAAUGCGGCUGUGUAAAGUUUUCAAUGCCACGUAAUGUAAAUAUGCCUGUUUGCGGCGAUGCCAGCUUGAAUUGCUAUAACCAAGCGGAGGAUGAACUGCUGCUUAGGGAAUUCAAUCAGGGGAAUAUCAACUCGGGGGAAAAUACACGGGGAGAAACGGAGUGCAAUUGUCUGCCAUCUUGCACCUCCAUUGCUUAUGAGGCUGAAAUCUCCCAGGCUGACUUUGAUUACAAGACAGUUGUAAAUACAGAUACGGCGGAGGGAAAAGAGGAGAGCGCCAAGAGACAAGGAAUGAAGAUGUCCCGCGUGUCGAUCUUCUUCAAGGAGGCGCAGUUCCUCACAUCCCGGCGGUCGGAACUUUAUGGCACCACCGACUUUCUUGCCAACUGUGGCGGUUUGCUGGGCCUCUUCAUGGGCGUGUCCAUGCUGAGUAUCGUGGAGCUGGGCUACUUCUGCACGGUGCGCCUCAUCUCGAACUUGAGGAUGCGCCGCAAGACCCGCAAGGAGCUGCUGAAGGCGGUCAACAAGGAGGCCUAAUCGAAGGACUCCUGCGGAGCGCAUAAAUGAUUCAGAGAGAUCCGAACUAUAAGCCAAAGUUGAGCUGACUCUGCUGCUCCGUGUUUGUGUUGCGUUAAAUGUUAAAUCUGCAAACAAUGAAAAUAAAGUUGUACUCAGCACUAGACGGCCAAUGCAGUCCUCUGUCUGUUGCGAUACGACCCGCAUACU